AUGAGUUCUGCAAAGCAAUAUAUUCCAAGACCAAGUUCUUAUGCAUCAUCUCAAUCCGAUAUAAAUAUUUUAAUGCUCGGUGAAACAGGUGUUGGCAAAUCAACAUUCAUUAAUGCCUUUGCUAAUUAUAUUAUUUAUAAUACACUUAAUGAGGCAAUUAAAAAGGGUCUAACACAAGAUGUAAAAGAUUGUGAUCAUAUUCUUGCUUAUGUAAAUCAAUAUGAACAUUUAAAUAGUAUUUGUAUAUUACUUAAACCAAAUCAUGAACGAUUAACAAUUAAUUUUCGUUUUUGUUUUAAAGAAAUCUUAACACAUUUACAUAUUAAUGCUAAAGAUAAUCUUAUGUUUAUAUUUACUAAUGGACGAGGAACAUUUUAUCGACCAGAUCAUACAUUUAUAUUUGACAAUGAAGCAUUUCGUUAUUUAGCUACAUAUAAAAAUGGAAUAAAAUUUUCAACAGAAGAAAUUACAAAUUUUAGUAAAAGUUUGGAGAUAUCAGUGAAAGAAUUUACUCGACUUAUUGAACGUAUUCUUAAAUGUGAAUUACAUGCUAUUAGAGAUAGUUUAUCAAUAAAUGCAGCUUAA